AUGGCGGGCUGGGCUCUGUGCAUGGCCCUGAUGCUGGCAGCGCUGGCAGGGGCGGUGGGCGAGAGCCGCUACCAGAAGUUCCUGCGGCAGCACGUGGUCGAGCCCCAGACGUCCGAGCUCGCUGAGCACCGCUACUGCGAGAUGAUGCUGGCGGGCCGGGCGGGGGUGCUGGGCUUCAGGCCGGAGGCAGGACAGGGAGACCUUUCCCUCCGCAACCUGUGGAUGCUGGAGACAACCCACCGCCUGGCCGUCUUCACCCGGACCUGGAACAAGAGCAUGUCCCGCUGGCUGAGGAGACUCGCCUUCCAGCGCUGCCCAGCCCAGCCACUCCUAGCCACCUUUGCCUUCUCUGCCUGGUGGCAUGGGCCCCGGCCCGGGCAGGUCUUUGGUUUCCUGUGCUGGGCUGUCAUGGUGGAGGCAGACUACUGCAUCCAUCCCUUCCUCAGCGCCUGGGCCACCUCCCAGGGUGUGAAGCUUUUCUACCAUGGCACAACCUCGGUCUUCACACAGCUCAUUGUUGCCUACAUCGCAGUGGCUGUGGAGACAGAGAGCUUCUCCAUGCUCUGUCUGCUCUGGACUUCCUGCAAUGGCAUCCUUCCCCUCUCUAUGGCCUUGCGCUGCUGCUGCUGCUUGCCAAGAAGCCAAGGCAGAACUGAGCCUGCCCUGGGCUACCUUAUGCGGCUGGUGGGGCACGUCCCCUCACAUGUGAGCAUGCAGGGUGAGAAGUGCUAUUAA